GCAUCGUAAAACCACCAACGGGUUUUCCGACCAAACUCAUUGCCUAUUCUUCAUCGACAACGUACAUUUAAAGGGAGUGAUUAGACAAAGCUGGAGUGAGAAACGAAGCUAACAAAGGAACCAUAAAGAUCUUCCAGAUUAUCCAAAGAAAAAAUAGCAAAAAUGUCUCAGCCCAACAUGGUACCAGUGGAGAUGAACAACAAUAUUGGAGACGGUGACAACAACAACAACGGAAACAACACCACCACCACCAACAAUGACAUGAAUGGUGGUAUUGUUUUGGGGGAUGAGGAAAUAGACAGUGCUAAUACAAGUGAGAAUCAAGAAGAUGGAAGCGAUCAUCAAGAUCCAGCACGUCCUAGUAAGAGAAAACGUUAUCAUCGUCACACCAAACAUCAAAUCCAGGAAAUGGAAAAUUUCUUCAAAGAGUGUCCUCAUCCAGAUGACACGCAAAGGAAAGAGCUUAGCCGUCAGCUGGGAUUAGACCAUCAUCAGAUCAAAUUCUGGUUCCAGAACAAACGCACCCAAAUAAAGAAUCAUCAAGAACGCCAUGAGAACUCACAACUUCGGGCAGAGAACGAUAGGCUUAGAGCCGAAAACCACCAAUGUCGAGCAUCUAUUGCUAAGGCCAUAUGUCAUAGGUGUGGAGGUAAAACCGCAAUUGGUGAAAUGUCUUUCGAGGAACAUCAUCUUCUCCUCGAAAAUACUAAGUUAGCUGAAGAGAUCCGUCAAUUAUCUUUGGUGAUGCCCAAGUGUACAGGCAAGCCUGUAAUGAACUAUACCCUUACUCCUCCUGUUCCAGCUCGACCUUCGGAAGAGAUAGCAUCUAAUAGAAGAGAAGUAUAUGGAAGUAUCGGAAACCUCCCGGGGUCAGCACUUAGAGUGAAAGAUGUCGAUAAGCCGUUGAUCAUAGAGUUAGCAGAGUUAGCCAUGGAGGAGCUAAUGGCGAUGGCUCGACUGGAUGAACCGCUGUGGAACAUAGGAGCUAAUGGCACGAGCUUAGCUUUAAACUUGAAUGAAUACACAAGAAUAGUUCGGAACGGACUCGGGCCUAUACUGAAUGGGCUUAGAAUCGAGGCAUCCAAGGCAACCUCAAUCGCGUUCAUGAACCAUCUAGACAUUGUUCAAAGUCUAAUGGAUGUGAAUCUUUGGUCGAACAUGUUUGCUAGAAUGGUUGCUAGAGCCAUGAGUCAUGACGCUAUCUUGACUGGAGUCCAAGGAAACUUUGACGGAGCGUUCCAUCUGAUGACUGCUGAAUACCAAGUUCUUUCGCCAGUAGUCUCAACCCGAGAAUGCUACUUCGUCCGCUACAGUAAGCAGCAAGGUGACGGUAUAUGGGCGGUGGUCGAUGUUUCCAUCGACCAUCUCUUUCCAAACCUUGAACUUAAAUGUCGGAGACGGCCCUCUGGAUGUCUGAUUCAACAAAUUGAAAAUGGAUUCUGCAAGGUUACUUGGGUUGAGCAUGUGGAGGUAGAUGACAGAGAAGUACACCCCUUGUAUAAGUCCUUAAUCAGCUCUGGUCAAGCUUUAAGUGCUGAACGUUGGGUUGAAACAUUGGAGCGCCAGUGCGAGCGUUUAGCCUACAUCAUGACUCAAAACGUUCCAUCCAUAGAACCAGAUGGUCAAAUAAUGAUAACGAACAAUGCAAAGCAGAGCCUUCUGAAGAUAGCUGAGAGGAUGACAAGAAGUUUCCUCACUGGAGUGGCUACUUCAAAUGGAGAUAUAUGGUUUAGAUUGUCUGGUAAUGCAGGAAGUACUGUCAGAGCGAUGACUCGAAAGAGCUUGAAUGAUCCAGGAAGGCCUGUAGGGGUCAUUCUCUAUGCAUCUACUUCGUUUUGGCUACCGGUUCCUCCUAAGACUGUCUUUGACUUCCUUAGAGAUGCCAAGAAUCGAACCAAUUGGGAUGUUAUCACAACUGGAGGGGAAGAUUUGCAGUUGAUGUCACAGAUUGGAAAUGGGAGAGACAGUAGGAACUGUGUAUCUUUACUCCGGACCCCAAACACUAGCCAGAAAAAGAUGAUGAUGAUCCAAGAGACCUCUACUGACCCAACCGCUUCAUUUGUGAUCUAUGCACCUCUUGAUGUAACAUUGACAGAGAAUGUUCUCAUGGGAGGUGACCCUGGCAAUGUGUCACUACUUCCAAUGGGUUUUGCUAUUCUUCCUGAUGGUACGGCUCAGCCUGGAAGAGAAGGAGGGUCACUCGUGAGUGCUGCCUUUCAGGUUCUGGCUGAAAAAGAUCCUUCGGCUAGGCUGUCUUUUAGCUCUCUUGCAACCACUGAAAAUCUGAUUUUAAAAACCGCGCAUAAGAUCAGAGCUUACUUUAGUCAGCAGACAGUUUGAAAGGGGAUGCAGAGGAGUCAAUCAGUGGGAAGAGUCAAGAAGAACCUGAGAAGAAGCCA